AUGUUACAAUAUUUUGUGAAUAAACUUUUUGGUGAUUUACCAUCUAGUUUUAAUUAUAUGAUAGGUAAAAAGAUAGAGUAUGAUAUAAAGAUUGGUUAUUAUGAAAUGUAUGAAGGGCAUGAUAAGAAUUGUGAAGAUGUUUGUGUAUUUAUAUAUGAGAAGAAUAAUAAAGAAACAACUUAUGUGAAAAGAUAUAUAAAGAAUCAUUUGUCAUAUUCUAAAAAAUUAAUUCAUCCUAAUAUUUUAAAAGUAUUGGAUACAUAUGAAAAUGAGAAAAGGAUAUAUAUAGUAACAGAGAAAUGUGUACCAUUGAUAUAUGAAAAAAUAAAGAGUGAUCCUAUAUGGGGUUUAUAUGAAAUAAUGAGAUCUAUUCAUUUUAUUAAUUCUUGUAAUUAUAUCCACGGUUUGAUUAAUCCUUUAUCAAUAUUUGUAAAUUCCAAAGGUAGAUGGAAAUUAAGUAAUUUCGAUUGUAUUCAUGAGAAGAAUAUGAGUAUAUCUAAUAUAUAUAAUGAUAUAAAAGAUCAUAUAUUUUGUAGUUAUGGAUAUAAAAUAAAUAUACCAAAUAAUAUACAUUCAACCUAUAUUGAUUGUAAUGGUUUGAUAUUAUUAAUGAUAUGGUCCUAUAAGAAAUAUAUUUGUUCUACAGGUAAUGAAAAUAAUGAAAUAUUAUAUAGAGUUGGAAAUAAUAUAGAUAAUAAUACUUAUAGUAUGACGAAUUAUUUAUGUAGUGAUCCUCAUAGUAGUAUGACAUUUCUUAUUUUUAAUGUGAAUUAUGAGAAAGACAAAAUGGAUUAUAUACCACAUAACUUACAUAAAGUAUAUAAUAUGUUGAAUACAUAUAAUUGUAGUGAAAUAAAUUUGAAUAAUAUAUUAAAUGAUGAAAAUUUAAAAAAUAAUAAUUAUAUUGUUAGAACCAUGUUAUUUUUAACAGAAAUACAUAUGAGAAGUAAAAUCGAGAAAAGCAUAUUUUUAGAUAAUUUAUUUGAAUAUAUUGAUAAUAUAUCUUUAGAUGUAAAAGUUCAAAUGAUAUUACCAGAAUUAUGUAAGAAUAUAGAUAUAUUUGAGAAUUAUAUAAAAUGUUUAAAAAUUAUAUUACAUAUUUCAAAAGAUAUAUCAAGUGAAGAAUUUGAGAAAAUGGUAUAUGGAUCUAUAUUUUUAAAAUGUUUUCAUUUAACUGAUAGAACAGUAAGAUAUUUAUUGUUAGAAUAUUUUCCAUUUAUAGAAAAGCAUCUAAAUCAUAAUCAUAUGAAUGAAAUAUAUAAACCAUAUAUAUAUGGAUUCAUGGAUAAUAAUAUGUCUAUUAAAAAUGAAACUAUAAAAAAUUUUAUAUAUCUUUUUCCAAAAUUAAAAACAAAUAUAAGAUCAGCUGCUCUUAAUGUACUCUUAGAAAAUUUAAAAGAAAAUGAUAGUUGCAUUAAAACUAACAGUAUUAUAUGUAUAGCUAAAAUUUCAAAACAUAUAAUAACAGAUAAACAAAAUAUAUUAGAAAAUGUAUUCCAAGUUGGUAUACAUGAUAUGUCUAUACAAACAAAAGUAGCAACAUUACAUUCAAUUAAAUAUACAUAUGAUCAAUUUUGUAUGAACAAAUUUGUAUCGAAUAUAUUACCAAUGGUCACUAGAAGUAUGAUAGAUGAUAAUAUGCAAAUAAGAUCCUGUGCGUUUGACGUUUUGGAAUCACUUAUGGUUGAUUUGAAAAAAGAAUUAUUACUAGAAGAAAAAGAACACAAAGAUAAUCAGAUGUAUGAUCCUCAAAAGUCUUAUAAUUUUAUAGAUAAGAUAAAGUGUAUUAUUACAAAGAAUAAAGGUGACAUCCAAGAAGAUACAAAAGAAAUGACAAUAUCAGGAGGUGAAUUACAAACAGAUACUGACUUUAACGAAAGAAAUGAAUUUAAUACAGAUAGAAAUAAUUUUAUGGAAUCUAUACAUAUGAAUGGAGACGAUUCAACAUGUCCUGAGAAGACAAACACAUUUGAUAAUAAUAGAAAAGAUAUUCUUGAUUAUAGUCAAUAUGAUAAUAUUAAUAAUGAUCAAUUUUUUGUUGAUACAUGGAAUCCUAACAAUAUAGAUUAUAAUCUUUCUGUGCCUAGGAAAAAUAUAAAAGAGAAUAAGUCUCCUCAAUUUAUAUCUGAUACAAUUUUAUUUAAUAAUAAGAAUAUACAAAAUAGUGUUUCUUUUAAAGAGCAACUAAAAGAGGAAAGACAAGUUUCUUUGCAAAAUAAUAAAAAUAAUAUGGAUAUGUACAAUAUGAAUAAUAUGAAUAAUAUGAAUAAUGUGAAUAAUAUGUAUGCUGAUGUGAGCAAUAUAAAUCAUAAGGAUAGUUUUCAUGAUGAGAACAAAAGUUAUAAUUCUUUUAAAAGUACUGGAGAAACACGAAUGAUAGAUAAAAGGUUUAAAAAUAAAAUCCACAUGGAUAUUGAUAAUUUUUUUGAUGAAUUUGAUUUAAGUAAAGAGAACAAUACUCCAAAAAUAAAAUUGAGUUCUCUUCAAUAG